GAUGCCGUAGUGGUUGUAAAACAGGAUCCGAUCGCUCUCCGACUAACGGGAAGAAGGCGGUCGUGUCGGAACGUCGUCGGCGGCGGUGGUAUCGAUGGACGUAGCGCUCUUCUCUCCGGCGUCUCUCUUCCACGACGACGAGGUCGGUGGAGAAUACUUAGCGGCGGCGGAGGGGAACGAGAGCGCGGCGGAGCAGCAGGUUCAUGUGGAGAGAAACCAUGCUUUUCCUGGAAUGGAGUUGAAUCUUCGAGAAUUUUCAUUUCACCAGCUAAAUGCCAAUUUGUUGUGGCCUGGGACAUUUGCAUUUAGCAAUUGGUUAGUUGAGAAUCGAUCUCUUUUACAUGGAGCACGCAUCUUGGAGUUAGGAAGUGGAACCGGAGCUUUAGCCAUUUUCUUGAGAAAAUCGUUCGGGGUGGACAUUACAACCUCUGAUUUUGAUGACUUGGAAAUAGAAGAAAAUAUAGCUUACAAUUGUAGAGCUAAUGGGCUACAUGUGCUGCCUCACAUCAAGCAUACAUGGGGAGACACCUUUCCGAUUUCUGAACCGGAUUGGGACUUGAUCAUCGCCAGUGAUAUCCUUUUAUAUGUGAAACAAUAUCCAAGCUUGAUAAAAACCCUCUGCUUCCUCCUCGACUCGGACAGAAGGAAGGACACAAAAGCUAAAGCUGCAGAGGCUCUCUCCGUCUCAGGAAAAGAGGUGCAAGUGAGGCGGCCAGUUUUCCUCAUGAGUUGGCGGCGCAGGCUUGGGGGAGAGGAGACCCUUUUUUUCACGGGAUGCAAGGAUGCUGGUCUUACCGUACGCGAUAUGGGGUCUCGUGUAUAUUGCAUCAGCCGCGACUAGACUAGAAGAGAGAGAGAGGGUGCUGCGAGGAGUUUCUAAAGGACGGUGACAACCCUUGUCGGGGCAACAUCGCUUUACGUCCCCAAGGGAAGGUCAGCAUUCAGGCGUGAAAAGAUCGUGUGGCUUUAGAUUGUCCUCCUUUGAAUAGAUGUUCCUGCGAUAGAAGAAGUUGUGUAAACGUCGGGUGUGAAGCGAUCUUAAUUAUGAGCUAAAAAGGCCCAAAUGUUCACCCGAAAUGCUCCGUCGAUGCUACGUAAUUUCCUGGCGACAAAAGAACCCGAAAGGGGGUCGGUCAAGCUGGUGCCACUCUUUUAAACUUUCCAUCUUUCGUUUUCGAGCAACUUAUUCUAGCAAAAAUUUUCAGUCAUUUUCUUAAACAUUUCAAACAUCUUAAAUAACAUACAGAGCACUAGUUCCAGAAUGAUGUUGCUAGCUACUCUGAUAAACCGACUUACUGGAUUCACAAACAUGUAUUGGUUCAAGUUUCAUGAUGAUGUUUUACUAGUU